AUGCUCAAAUUUGCACUUUUUUUCCUUACCGGGCUGUGGAUCUGCUGUUACUGUACGGAAUCUGACACCAAUUUACAAUCUUUUGCAUACGACAACAACACAUUUUUAUUGAAUGGAAAACCCUUUCGGUACAUUAGCGGAAGUAUCCAUUAUUCUCGUGUUCAUCCGGCAUUGUGGGAGGACCGUUUAAAACGCAUUCGUGCAGCUGGACUAAAUGCUGUUCAAGUUUAUGUGCCGUGGAACUAUCAUGAAGUUAGAAAAAGAAGUUACAAUUUCGAUGGCCCACGAAAUUUAACACAUUUUAUUGAACUUGUCGCUAAAAACGACUUGAAACUUUUGCUACGGUACAGUUUCAGUGAAACUUCUUUGGAAUGUUCGGCGAUUUUUAGUCUAAGUCAUGAUCACUUUUUCACUCUCUAUUUUGCCGAACUCCGAUUGUGUUUUGCAAGACAAACUUACUUCCAGCAAAAACUUUUUGAAACUUUUAGAAUUGGUCCCUACAUAUGUGCUGAGUGGGAAAAUGGUGGUUUACCGUGGUGGCUAUUGGCAAACACGGAGAUCAAGUUACGUACCGCAGAUCCAAGUUACACAAGUGAAGUGAAGAAAUGGUUUGAGAUAUUACUUCCGAUGUUGGUACCAUAUUUGCAUCGUAAUGGUGGACCAAUUCUCAUGGUACAAAUCGAAAAUGAGUAUGGAAGUUUUGAUAAAUGUGAUAAAGUUUAUACCAGUUUCUUGCGUGACCUCGUUCGAAUGCAUCUUGGCAGCGAUGUUAUUCAGUACACAACUGACGGCCCAACUGAAAGGAUGCUAAAAUGUGGUUCAGUUGAAGGAACGCUUGCAACAGUUGAUUUUGGUCCAAUGUCUAACAGUAGUACGCAAGCUCAGUUCACUAUGCAACGCAGAUAUGCACCGAAUGCUCCACUCGUAAAUUCGGAAUUUUAUUCUGGUUGGUUUGUUUUGUGGGGACAACGUCAGCAGACGUUGCCGUCGGAUGACGAAUUAAUUAAAACAGCAGCAUUUAUGUAUGAAAUGGGAGCAAACUUUAAUUUUUAUAUGAUACAUGGUGGAACAAACUUUGCUUUCUGGAACGGAGCUGGGACUGCAGCACCAAUGAUAACUUCUUAUGAUUAUACGGCACCAAUAAGUGAAGCCGGAGAUAUUACCCCUACAUACAAAGCUAUUAGAAACUGGAUCCAAUCACUAAAAGAUUGGCCUACACCUCCGCUAGACAUACCGCCGAACAAUCGAAAAAUAUCUAUACGAAACGUAGAGUUAAAUUAUAUUGGUCGUCUCCAUACUUAUCUGCUAAAAACAGGGCUUGGCAGUUCAGACUGUAUUCCAUCCAGAUAUCCGCUGUCUUUUGAAGAUAUCCGACAUCCAUUUGGAUAUGUUAUGUACACAACUAAGCUUAAAUUUGGAGGAACAAAUUUGUCUAUACCAUUACUGAAAGAUUUUGGCUUUUCGUUUGUUGAUGGUGAUUUACAGGGGGUUUUCGUCAAUAACUUUUGGGAAAGAACUGUGAGAUCGCUAACCUUGACAAACGCAAAAAAAGGAAGUCGUCUAAGCAUUAUUGUCGAGAACCAGGGAAGGCAGAAUUAUAAGACUUUCAACGACUUCAAGGGAAUUCUAACAAAUGUUACUUUGGAUGGCAAGAUUGUCGAGAAUUGGAGACACUGUGGAAUCGAUUUAAAGCUACUACAAAAUAAGCUUCAACGAGACUUCAAGAGAGGAAAACUACAAAAGGCUGUUGCAAAAAAUAAAUAUAGCAACGGAAAGUUUGGCCCGGGUAUUUAUUUUGGUUACUUUACAGCGACAGAAAAAUCGGAUACAUUUUUUGAGACAACAGGAUGGCAUAAAGGUGUUGUUUUAAUAAACGGCAAAAAUUUGGGGCGAUAUUGGCCUGUUGUUGGCCCACAGAUGACUUUGUAUGUUCCUGGUCCAGUUCUUCGCAACAGCAAUUAUAUGAUGGUCGUCGAAUUUGAAGCUGCACCUCCAAAUUGCCAAUAUAAACAGUGUUAUGUCAAUUUUAUAGAUCACCCAAUACUCAACAUAACAAGAAAGAUUACUCACAAAAACGUUUACAAAGCAAGAAGAAUGAAAUUUUGA